AUGCGCGCGCUCGCCGUUAUUGCUUUGUUGGCGUUCGUCGGCGGGUCUGCGGCCGACACUCCGGCCAACUGCACCUACGAGGACCUGCUGGGCACCUGGAUCUUCAGCGUAUAUAAUGUGGGUCAAGACCGAACCAUCGACUGCUCCAGCACAGGAAAGCCAGUGAACACGGUGACCGUGGACCUGCAGAAGUUGUCUGUAGCUGUGGAUGAUCUCGGUCACACUGGCUUCUUCACUCUCAUCUAUAACCAGGGAUUUGAAGUGGUGAUCAAUGACUACAAAUGGUUUGGGUUUUUCAAGUAUUCUCAGCAGGGUUCAGAGGUCACCAGCUAUUGCGAUCAGACGCUGCCCGGUUGGGUUCAUGAUGUUUUGGGGAACAACUGGGGCUGUUUCACUGGGAAGAAAGUGCAGCCCAUCCCACCCCGGAUCGACCACAGUAUCAUGCUUGAAUUCCGACACCAACUGCUCAUGAAGCUGCCAUACACAAACAACAUGGGGUUAGUGGAGCAAAUAAACUCUGUUCAGAAGUCUUGGAAAGCAACAACAUACAGUCUCCAUGAGACCCUCACCAUACAGGAUAUGCUGAGAAGAUCAGGAGGACAUGCCUCUCGUAUACCACGACGUGUCAGGCCUGUGAUGGUUUCUGCAGACAGUAAGAUGGCAGCUGGUCUUCCAGAACACUGGGACUGGAGAGACGUGAAUGGACUCAGUUAUGUUAGCCCUGUCCGCAACCAAGCUCAAUGUGGCAGCUGUUACUCUUUUGCCACUAUGGGAAUGCUUGAAGCUCGAGUCCGAAUCCAGACAAACAACACGCAGCAGCCGGUGUUCAGUCCACAGCAAGUGGUGUCCUGCUCCCAGUAUUCUCAAGGUUGUGAUGGAGGUUUUCCAUACCUGAUUGGUAAAUACAUCCAGGACUUUGGGAUUGUGGAGGAGAAUUGUUUCCCGUACACCGGGGAUGAUUCUCCCUGCAAAGUACCUGAGAAAUGCACGAGGUACUACGCCUCUGAUUAUCACUACGUAGGUGGGUUUUACGGCGGGUGCAGCGAGGAGGCCAUGAUGCUGGAGCUGGUCAGGGACGGCCCUAUGGGCGUGGCCCUGGAGGUCUACCCAGAUUUCAUGAACUACAAGGAGGGCAUCUACCAUCACACCGGCCUCCGUGACUCCGUCAAUCCCUUUGAGCUGACCAAUCACGCUGUGUUGUUGGUGGGGUAUGGGAAGUGCCAGAAGACCGGAGAGAAAUACUGGAUCGUGAAGAACAGCUGGGGAGCCGGGUGGGGCGAGAAUGGGUUUUUCAGGAUCCGUAGAGGAACAGAUGAAUGCGCCAUUGAGAGCAUUGCUGUAGCCGCUACACCAAUCGCCAAACUUUAGAGAGCAUAGAUGAAUUGGGCAGUUGAAAUGAGCACGGCCUGGAGAAGUAUUUUGAUAAUGUAAAUUCUGAAAAAGGGAAAACAGUGCUGUUUUUUUCUUUUUUUUUACUUUGUCAUCUAAUUUGUUUGGUGAAAUGGCCUUUUCAGGUCCCUUUUUAGUAGCAGACCAUUUGAAAGGGAAAUUACAAUUAGAAGUUUUAUAAUUACUCUUUAGAUUUAAUUUCUCCCUCUCAUUUCCCAGUUCUUCAUAGAUCAUGAAGCUUGAUCACCCAAAACCAACCCUGUAUAGUGUGGAUAUGGUUUUAAAUUGAUAUAAAAAUCUUAAUUUUUGUUGGCCUUGUCCCUAGUGUUUUUUUUUUAUUUUGCAACUGACCUUCUGCCUACAUCUGUUCAUAAUCUUCUACUUUAACACACAAACAAAGUUGGUCUGUCUUUUGUUUUUUUUUGCUCAAUUUAUAUGGAUUUCCACAAGGACUGUGUGUAUGAAACAGAAUUUCAUUUAUUCCCCCCCCCUUUCUUGUUGAAUCUGUGCUAAUGAAAGUUGGGUGCCUUCAGGUGCAGCAAUGUUCCUCAACUGCUUCUAAUUUGGGUUUAAGAAAAGGGAUUUUAGAUUUUCAUUGAUCCAUGUGAGCUCUGAAUGUCACAUUUGCACUCUGCCUUGUCAAUUUUUACACCACUCUUUUAAUUGGACACGGUCAAUUUGUAUUUGGAGAAUAUCAAGUUGACAAUUGCUCUCAGGAAAAUCAGUACUUGUGGUUUAAUGAACAAUCACUUUAGUCAUUUUCCAACAGUUAAGCUGCUCAGUACUAUUUGAAUCCAAUGAUUUUAUCACAAUCUUAGAUUUUUACUUUUUUUUUUUUUGUGCUCCUGUAUACAUGUCAUGAUUUUUAAUAAAGUUGCUUUUAAGGUA